UGUCAGCGUCGCACCGGGGUCCGGGCCGGAAGCGGCGGGUCGAUGGCGGCCGAUGAGGAUAUCAGCCUGCUUGUUAUUGUGGUGGAUGUUAACCCCGUUUGGUGGGGACAGCAGAUCCUGAAAGAAUCAACGUUCACGCUGUCAAAAUGCAUGGACGCAGUGCUGGUGAUGGGAAACUCACACUUGGUCAUGAGCCGCAACAACAGACUUGCGAUGAUCGCCAGUCACAGUCAGGAGAGCCGCUUCCUGUACCCAGGCAAACAGUGGAAAUCGGGAAGCUUUGCCGAAAGUAGUGAGAGCAGUUCUGCAGAAUCCUCUUGGUCGGGUAGCAAGGAUGGAAAGUAUGAGCUCCUGGCCUUCGGAAACGACAUUAUCACCGAGGAGAUCAAGGACCUGAUGGCAAAGACUGAGGUGAGAGCACAUCUGACAGAGACUCUGCUGGCCGGAUCUUUGGCAAAAGCACUUUGCUAUAUUCACAAAGUGAAUAAAGAACUAGAUGCCAUCCAUGAGCUGAAAUCCCGAAUCCUGGUUAUUCAAGCGGCUGAAGACUCUGCAGCUCAAUACAUGAAUGUUAUGAACGUUAUCUUUGCAGCACAGAAACAGAACAUUCUGAUCGACGCGUGCGUUUUGGACUCUGAAUCUGGCCUCCUCCAACAGGCUGCGGAUAUAACCGGAGGAUUAUAUUUAAAAAUACCACAGUUGCUGGCACUCACACAGUAUUUGCUGUGGGUAUUUCUGCCGGACCCGGAGCAGAGAUCGCAGCUCGUGCUACCACCGCAUGUCCACGUGGACUACAGAGCGGCCUGCUUCUGCCACCGCAACCUGAUUGAGAUCGGCUAUGUCUGUUCCGUCUGCUUAUCGAUAUUUUGUAACUUCAGCCCCAUCUGCACGACAUGCGAGACUGCUUUCAGGAUUGCCCUGCCCCCUGUGCUGAAAGCCAAGAAGAAGAAACCGAGGCACCCGACACUGAACUAUCUGGCCAGCUGAUGCCAGUGAAGCAGGUUCGAUGCACACUGCUCUCACACCUGCCUCAGGGCCCCACUGGAAUCAGUCAAUGUGCCCAUACGCUGGUCACAAAACGCACACUCCUUCCCCCGUUGCAAGGAGGCCAGGAGUUUGUUCUGACUUGGACAUUAAACUCUGGGUCUUGCACUGUAGUGAAACACACACACAUCUGCAAACUCUGGGUCUUUUUCACCACUCUGUCAUUUUGUAAAUGCUUACAUCUAUAAGAUAAUAAACAGUACGUCUAGGACUGUGGAAACCUA